UCAUCUUAGAUUUUAGGGAUUACAGGUCAAAUACACGAAACACAAUGGAGGAUUAUUACAUAUUCCCUCUCAUAAAACACAAUAUAUGCUUCAGCGAUUUUUUCUCUAUCUCCAACCUGUUGGUCAAUUUUUUCAACUUCCUGGUUGGGGUUCUUGGGAACGGUCUGGUCAUCUGGAUCACUGGUCUCAAGAUGAAGAAGACGGUCAAAACCACCUGGUACCUCAGCCUGGCCGUGUCCGACUUCAUAUUCUGUGUCGCCUACCCACCCUUUUACAUCAUCUUCAUUGUAAGAAAGGAGUGCAUCUUUGGGCUUUUCAUGUGUAACUUCACCAUUGCUCUGAUGUACAUCACCUUGUACAGCAGCGUCUUCCUCCUGGUCAUCAUCAGUGUUGAUCACUGUCUGUCGGUAGUGUUUCCAGUCUGGUCUCAGACCAACCGUACCAUCGACAAGGCCUCUAUUGUGGUGAUCCUGACCUGGGUUUUGUCUGUUGCCCUCAGCACCCGUUUUAAUUUCACAGGUAGAACACAAGUGUUCAUUGUUGGGUUUGUAGUGCCGUUCCUCAUCAUCAUCUUCUGUUACUUUUGUGUUACUUUUAUCCUGCGACUGAGAACCAGACAAAUGAUGAGUGUGUCUUCCAAGCCAUUCAGAGUAAUGAUUGUUCUGAUAGCUAUGUUCUUCAUCUGCUGGCUGCCCCUUCAUGUCUUCAUACUGUUAGACCAGAACGACGCAUUUAAAAAUGCAUUUAACAAAACAUUUAAACCCGAACCAUACAUAACAUCUGGACUAUCUGUGGGAGUAAUAUUAGCCACUGUCCAUAGUUUCCUCAGACCAGUGUUGUAUGUUUGCAUGGGGAAUAACGUCCCACCAACACUCAAGAGGUCCAUAAUUGAUAGGAUUGAGAAUGUCCUUGGAGAAGAAGACUCCCACACCACCAGCCAUGAAACAUCUCUAAAACUCUUUGAGGAUGAUAAGGCCUCAGGGGCUGUGGAACACAGUGUUAUAAGCAAUGCAUAA